UAGACGGUUAGAAGUUUUCAGCGGACACGCAGAGUCAAAGAUGUCGGAAGAAGCACCAGCGGCUCCACCGGCCAAACCCACGCCGAAAAGGAAGCGGGUCCCCCGCUCCAGGCAGGGCGGACCUUCACUGGCGAAGGUCAUCAUCACCGUCCUGACUGAGAGCAAUGACCGCAAAGGGAUGACGGUACAUGCGAUCAAGAAGGCUCUGGCUGCCAAGAACAUCGACGUGGAGAAGGCCAACAGACGCAUCAACACGACACUGUGCAGGCUGACUGAUAAAGGGGUCCUGAAGCAGCUGAAGGGGACCGGAGCCUCUGGGUCCUUCAAGAUAGCCAAGGAGCCCAAGGCCGUCAAGCCAAAGAAGGCAGCUGCCGCGAAACCUAAAGGAGAGAAGAAAAAGAGGGAGAGAUCAGUUUCCGAGGCCCGUAAGGGGUCACCGACGAAGAGAAAAGCCAAGACACAGAAGGUGAAAGGUGGUGCCAGGAAGACCAGCACGAAAAAGGAUGGUGCCAAGAAGGAGAAGAAAGUUGUUGCAAAGAAAUCUGGAAAGAAACCUGCAAAGAAAUCUGCAGGGAAGAAGUCGCCUGCGAAGAAAGCUACUGCCAAGAAACCUGCGGCAAAGAAACCUGCUGCCAAGAAAGCCGGAGCAAAGAAGGCAGGAGGAAAGAAGGCUGCAGGAGGAAGGAAAUCUGCAGGAAAGAAGUAAAGUGGAUCUUUAACCCGCACUCAGUGCAACAAAAGGCUCUUUUAAGAG